UUUUUCAAAAGGUGCCCAAGUGAAAUUGAACUGAAAAAUCUAACACUUGCCACAGAAUUCAAACUCAUGAGCCUCUCAGAGGACCCAGACCUGCAGCCCAUCCUCCUUGGACUGUUUCUGUCCAUGUACCUGGUCACAGUGCUUGGGAACCUGCUCAUCAUUCUGGCUGUCAGCUCUGACUCCCACCUCCACACCCCCAUGUACUUUUUCCUCUCCAACCUGUCCUUGGCUGACAUUGGUUUCAUCUCCACCACUGUCCCAAAGAUGCUGGUGAACAUCCGAACUCACAGCAGAGCCAUCUCCUAUGUGGGCUGUCUGACACAGAUGUCUUUUAUUCUCAUUUUUGGAUGUAUGGAUGACAUGCUCCUGACUGUGAUGGCCUAUGACCGGUAUGUGGCCAUCUGUCACCCACUGCAAUACUCCAUCAUCAUGAACCCUCGCCUCUGUGUCUUCUUAGUUUUGAUGUCUCUAUUGUUUAGCCUUUUGGAAUCCCAGAUCCACAAUUUGAUUGCCUUAUACUUUACCUACUUCAAAGACAUGGAAAUCUCUAAUUUCUUCUGUCAACCUUCUCAGGUCCUUAGUCUAGUCUGUUUUGAUACCUUUACGAAAAAUACAGUCAUGUAUAUUGUUGGUGCCAUUUAUGGUUUUCUUCCAGUCUUAGGGAUCUUUUCCUCUUAUUAUAAAAUUGUUUCUUCCAUUCUGAGAAUCCCAUCCUCAGGUGGGAAGUACAAAGCCUUCUCCACCUGUGGGUCUCACUUGUCAGUUGUUUGCUUAUUUUAUGGGACAGCCAUUGGAGUGUACCUUGCUUCAGCUGUAUCACAUUCUCCUAGAAAGACCACUGUGUUCUCAGUGAUGUACACUGUGGUCACCCCCAUGCUGAACCCCUUCAUCUACAGCCUGAGGAACAAGGACAUCAAAACUUCCCUGAAAAAGCUAUGGAGCAGAUCAACCUAG